CACCAACCCAUCCAUCAGUCCAUCCACACAUCCUCCCUGAACCUCGUCUGGCCAUGAGCAUCGACGCCGACCCCUCUUCCGGCCAAAGCGCCGUUCCCCCUGCGACGCCAGUCAAGUGUCCCCUCGGCUACGACCAGCAUCCGGUCUUCAUCUCCUACCGCGUCUCCAGCGACAGCAGCUUUGUCGAGAAGCUCGCACCGUAUCUGCAGUCCGUCUGGUUCCUGAAGAAACUGGGGCUCGGGCCGGAGCACAUUUCCCUGCUGCCGCACAUCUUCUUCGACAAGUAUUGUCUCGUUGGCGGCACUCUCUGGGAAGACAGCUUCCUGGCGGCCCUCAAGACCUCCAAGCUCAUCAUCCUGGUCAUCAGUCCCGAUGCCCUCGUCGGGAUCAACUCGACCCGCGACAACAUGUUCCUGGAGUGGGAGUGGGCCGUCGAGCUCCAGCAGCAGGGCCAGGCUCGGAUCAUGCCCCUGCUCCUCGCCACCGAAGACCCGAGCUCAGGCUCUAUCCAGCCGUUUUCGUUGUUCCAGCUGGAUCGCUUUCCAGACGAAUUGCACCAGCACCCAGAGAGCCCCAAACAGCGCACCAUUCGCGAAACCAUGCGCAUGAUCUUUGCCAUUCAGGGGCUCCAAGUCAACUCCUCCAACACCGAGCAGUAUCGCAGCGCCAUCGCAGACGCAUAUAUGCAGGUCUUCGACCUGGCUCACCUUGUCAAGUCUCGGCCGCUUCCUUCUCUUAUCGCAAAAGACCAACGGGUGGCAAGAACAAGUGUCAGCAAAACCAUCUCCAGAACGGACGAAGACGGCACAACAAUCGAAGUGUCAACCAAGCUCUCCUGCAACGUGAUGUGAUGCGGUGUGAGCAGCGGCUGCUGCUGUUCCAUCCGCGAGCACCGUUCUCCAAAGCCGAUGGACAUGAGAGCUUUGCUUGCAAGUCGGACCAAGCGAGCCACUGGGCCCCCGGGCAGCGUGAGACGCUUGGUCACGAUGGAUGUGUAUUCGCGACCCAGACAGAGUGGCAAUCCU